UGUAAACUCAAAACUUUUCAAAUGAACUCGUUCCUUCUCUAAUCAACGAAUCAAACAAAUCCAAUAUGGAUACAGAGGCUCCUUACAAAGAUGUAUACAAUGUAGGAGACUACCUCAUUUUAAAACUGAGCUGUGGUGAUAUAUUCGAAGGAGAUUACAAUUCUGGGGGCCAAAACCGCAUAGAUUUGGCCAACACGAAGCAGCACAACAAUCCCAACAGAAAACUUGGUGGUAUUUACUCGUUUUAUCGGAGCGAAAUAGAAAGUAUCCACAAGUUGAAAAGUAAAGUCAGAGAGAAACCUCCUGCGCAAGUGAAAGAUCCCGAAGAAGAAAAUAAAAUAAAACUAGUUGAAGAAGAGUAUGAGCGAUUAAAGCAAAUGUGCAAAGAUUACGUGUAUCUGGAAAAAGCUGACAGUCGAUACUACGAAGCGGUUGGAAAACUGUCUGAAGCAGAAACGAUUGGAGUAGCUGCACUAGGAAUGGAUGAUAAACGAACGGCUGUAGUGAAACUACUGGCAGUCUGCACUUGGAAACACGUCUACUUGUUUGACAUGAUCAAUUUCAAACAGCGGUAUUUUUACCCAGAACUGAAAGAAGUCUUCGAGUCAGAGUAUACCUGCAAAGUGAUCCACCAAGCAGGACCGCUAGUAGACAUUCUCUACCGAAACUAUAAAGUCUUCACUCAAAAUAUAUUCGACACGCAAGUCGUGGACUUGCUCAUCGAAAAAAAUAAGAAGAAGAAAAUUCUCUCGAAUAUGAGAAACUUGUCGGAGUGCUUGACAGAGUAUCUUAAUCUUCCGUCUUCGAUGCUGAAGAAUGCUUUGGAAACUACUUGUAAACAGUGGAUCGAGAGGCCGCUGAGUGACCAGAGGAGACUUUAUGCAGCUCAACUUGUCAGUUAUCUGAUUGUACUCAAAGAACAGAUGAACAAAAUUUUGUUCAGUGAUGUGUACGAAGCGAUUAGUAACGUGCAUAACUAUUACUAUGAUCUGGAUUGUUAUGAGUUUUCUAGGAAAGUUAAUAGCAUGAAAGUUACGAAAGAUAUUGAUAAACUGAUUCCUGUGCUCAAUAAUAUAACGUUACAAAAUGGUGAUAAUACGUCCGAGAGCAGUGGUAGUGCUGAAGAAAAUCACAAUAGGGUAGAUAAGUAAUGCUCUUCUGCUAUAAGACUGAGAAGGAAAUGUAUAACAAACAGCUAGAACUUUUGACGAGGAUGGUUAGAGCUAAAAUGACUUCCACACAACAAAACCUCAAACCAUUGCAAAUAUUCCUUAAUGACAUGUUUAUAUUUUCAAAAUAUAUAAUGUAUUUCAGUUUUUAGUUCCAAACCAUUGUACACUUUUUCUUAAAUAAUUGAAUUUUAGAUUAUAUACAGUCACCUCUAGAAUUAUUUAUGAUUGUUUAUAGAAAAUGUUAACUUUAUUGUUGAAAAGUAUACUUUACGAACAAAGCCUGUAUUACUAUGUAGUAAUAUAUAUAUAUAUGGGGUCUGUUUAAAAAAAUAAGGUGUAAAUGUUCAAUUACAACUCUUCAGCCUUCCUUUUGCACAAUACAAACUAUAGAAAA